CGUUCUGUAUCCGACUAAUGAAGCUGCCAUUUUUAUCUUGGCCCAAAUUCUUCUACUUCUUCUUCUUUUUGUGUUGGACUAAUAAAGCUUGCAUUUUUAUGAAAACCCAACUUCCAAAUUCCUUUCCUUAGAAUUACUCAUAGAAAAAUAGAGAUGAUUUGUCAAUCCCAGCAGUUUUCACUACUUUCUGUUUCUUCUUCUUCUUCUUCUUCAAAUCCAAUUGCAAAACCCCACAUUCCCAUGUCCAUAAAGCUGCCAACUUUGGGAUUCAGAAUCCGAUGUGAGGCCGUGGAUUCGGCCAAGAAGGCGAAUGGGUAUUCGGGUCCUCACACUGGGAGAGACCCAAAUGUACAGAAGCCCGGAUGGCUGAGGCAGAGAGCCCCACAAGGAGAGAGGUUUCAGGAAAUUAAGGAAUCGCUUUCCAGUUUGAAGCUCAACACGGUUUGUGAAGAAGCCCAGUGCCCCAACAUUGGAGAGUGCUGGAAUGGAGGUGGGGAUGGUGUUGCCACUGCCACUAUCAUGCUUCUUGGUGAUACUUGUACUCGAGGAUGCAGAUUCUGUGCUGUCAAAACCAGCAGAAACCCUCCUCCUCCUGAUCCCAUGGAACCCCUUAACACCGCUCUUGCCAUUGCUGCUUGGGGUGUGGAUUAUAUUGUUCUGACAAGUGUAGAUCGUGAUGACCUAUCUGAUGGUGGAAGUGGACAUUUUGCCCAGACUGUGAAAGCUCUGAAGGAACUUAAGCCGGAAAUUAUGGUUGAGUGUUUAACUUCUGACUUUCGGGGUGACUUGAAUGCUGUAGAUGUUUUGGUGCACUCGGGAUUAGAUGUUUUUGCACACAACAUUGAGACUGUGAAACGGCUUCAACGAAUUGUUCGAGACCCUCGAGCCGGGUAUGAGCAGAGCUUAUCUGUUCUAAAACACGCAAAGAUCAGCAAGAAGAGUAUGGUAACAAAAUCUUCCAUAAUGCUGGGUCUUGGAGAGUCAGAUGAUGAGUUAAAGGAGGCUUUUGCUGAUUUAAGGGCCAUAGAUGUUGAUAUAUUAACGCUUGGUCAAUAUUUACAGCCAACUCCAUUGCACUUGACUGUCAAGGAAUAUGUUACCCCAGAGAAGUUUGCUUUUUGGAAGGAAUAUGGGGAGUCUAUAGGAUUCCGCUAUGUUGCCAGUGGGCCAUUGGUUCGAUCAUCAUAUAGGGCAGGGGAGCUCUUCGUUCAGACCAUUGUUAAGGACAGGGCUAACCAAACUGCUGUCAAAUCCUAACUGUGGCAAAAUGAUGAUAAUUCAAUUCCAUAAGAAGCUGAAGUCAGGCCAAGUAAUUGCAUAAAUGGCCCUAAAGCAUUGUAGGGUCUGAAAUUUUUGCUCUGAGAGGAGGAAAUAUCUGUUCCAUAGCAAAUUACUAUUUAAUUUAUUCAUUUAUUUCUCUUCAUGAUCUAGCCCAUUUUUGCUGUUGGAUGAGAAAUUAGAAUGUUGGGAUUCUAAAUAUUUGAUUCUCGCAUUCAGGGUUUUCUUUCUGUUUCUGGUUACUCUCCUUGAUUCAAAUUUUCGAAAAAGUGGAAGUUGAAGAGCAUUAUAUAUGUUGGAUAGAAAAGUAUCUCAAGCUUUGUGGUCGAAUUUGGAUGCAAUACUUGCAACCAUUACUUUUAGAAAUUUGGUAUAAAAACUCGUAAAUUGUGUAAAAGAAAACAGACCAAGCUCGGCACAUCAAUCAUUCAAUGACAUUACAGCAUCAACGUGGAGUCCAACUGGAGCUGCUGGUUCAAGUGCAUACUGCAUGGUAGGGGAGCUGGUAUUCAUUUUGAAAGAGGGAUUGGAUAUUCUGAUAUGUACUUAGUUUAAAACUAUGUGAAAGUUUUUUCUGUUUCUGUUGUUCUUUUCAGAAUAUAUAUAUAUAUAUAUAUUAUAUUGAUUUUUGCAUAA